UUAACGAUCUUUUAUUAUUUUUUUUAUUCUACGAAUCAACAUGUCAACCGGGUAUUUUAUUUAAUAUGGAUAAAUUAUUUACAGUAAUAAUAAAAUAACUGGAAUAGCAACGACUGUCGAGAAAUGUUUUUAUGAUUGAAAUUGAUUACUUAGGUAGCAUCGUGUCGUGUAAGCUGUUACUUCUAUGGGAAUAAAUGAGUGCAGUUGUUGCAUCGAAGGGUGUUGGUUUCUGCUAAAUCAUGAAGCUCUACGACAUUUUCAUGCGCUUUUCCGGUUUUUAAUGAGGUUAUAAACGGAAAUUGGGAGUUAAAUUAACAAGAAAUGACUUCUAGAAGUUACAGUCGCUGGUUUCAUCCAAACAUCUCAAGAAUCGGAGCAGAGAGACUGCUGACCGAGAGGGGAUUUGAUGGUAGCUUUAUAGCUCGUCCCAGCAAGUCCAAUCCGGGAGAUUUUACAUUAUCUGUUCGACGAAAUGGUGAGGUGACACAUAUCAAAAUUCAAAACACUGGCGACUACUAUGAUCUUUAUGGAGGGGAGAAGUUUGCCACGCUAGCUGAAUUGGUGCAGUAUUAUAUGGAAAAGCAGGGACAGCUACGAGAAAAAAAUGGUGAAAUUAUUGAACUAAAGUAUCCUCUUGUCUGUGCGGAUCCCACCACUGAAAGGUGGUUUCAUGGACCAUUGUCUGGAAAGGAAGCUGAAAGAUUAGUUAUUGACAAGGGCAAAAAUGGUAGCUUUUUAGUUCGGGAGAGCCAGAGUAAACCAGGCGAUUAUGUCUUGUCUGUUCGGACUGACGAUAAAGUCACUCAUGUCAUGAUACGCUGUCAGGACGGUAAAUAUGAUGUUGGUGGGGGUGAAAAAUUCGAUAAUCUUACUGAUCUUGUUGAGCAUUACAAGAAAAAUCCCAUGGUUGAGACAUCUGGAACUGUCGUGCAUUUAAAACAACCGUUCAAUGCCACACGCAUAACUGCUUCAACGAUAGAAUCUCGUGUGAAAGAAUUAUCCAAGGAUAAUUGUGUUACUAAUGGAAAGGCAGGCUUUUGGGAAGAAUUUGAGUAUCUUCAACAACAAGAAUGUAAGCACCUUUAUAGCAGGAAGGAAGGACAGAAAUCUGAGAACAGAGCAAAGAAUCGUUACAAGAACAUUUUGCCAUUUGAUCAUACUCGUGUAAUUCUAACUGGAGUUGACCAAAAUGUGCCCGGAUCUGACUAUGUAAAUGCCAAUAUAAUUAGGCCAGAAGAAACCGGACCGGGUGAUGCACCUAAAACUUAUUACAUUGCAACGCAGGGAUGCCUAAUGAAUACCGUAGGUGAUUUCUGGUGGAUGAUAUGGCAAGAGAAUACUAGAGUGAUUGUCAUGACUACUAAAGAAGUGGAAAGAGGAAAGUUUUCUUUAGGACUUCAUGAAAGUGAAAUUUUUUCACCUUUAUCUUACAAUGGCUGAAGAAUAAAAUCAACUAUUGGGGCUAUUUUAAUGACUUGCAACCAGUGGCACUCGAAGACUGUGAAAAAGGCGGACACAAGCUAUUAAAAAGAACAUUAUGCAAGAAGCUUCAAACUAUAAUUCAAUGUCAGAUCAGCACUCCUACAAGGUGGUGGUGUUGGUUGCAAUCAGAGAUAUCUUGGCCUUCAAAACAAGGAAUGUAAUUUUGGUCAACAUAUGAUGAAGUUGCAUGGAAUAAAUUUAGUUCAUUAUUUUCUUUUACAUUUGCAGAUUAAGUUAUUAGUCAUGAAUUUUCUGUUUGUUGAUAAUGAAAUUUGGGGCCUUCUUGGGGAUUAGGUAAAAGGAAACUCAGACAAAAAAGGGAGGCAUUUGCUCCAAGUGUCCCAAGUGUCAAAAUGUCCAUGCUGAUGGUUGCAAGCACCUCUGCUUGCAACCAUCAGCAUGGAAGAUGUUCUCUCAAAUGUGGGGCAAAAAGUUUGUGCAAAAAAUGAAGGGUAAUGU